ACGAGAGAUAGCGCCCGCUCUCUAUUACUUAGGCUUCCUUUCACACCCGUUCGAGUCAAUUCGCUACGCCCACCAUCAACACCGAUAUCGGCGCAUUCCAGAUCCUCGUCAACACCACAAGAAUCCAAGCUACAACACCACCAUGUCUGGCGCAGGGCCUAGUGUCUACCCGGGCGAUCUGCCCUCCUGGUCCGUCUUCAAAUUUCCCCCAGACCCAGCGCCUCCCGCACUACCUCCGCCGUCCAACGAAUACACCUUCAAGAACCCCUUCCCUAUACCUGCCAACAUCUACAAUGCGGCCUUGUCACCCUACGUCCCAUUGGCGAUUGCGUCGGUAUAUGCGACAACUGUCUGCUUGCUCAACUGGUACAACCGCAAGAAUGGGAACAAGGCCUGGAAGAUUAGCAAGUCUCGCCCGUUCUAUGCGUUCGUCAUUUUCCACAACGUGUUCCUUGCUGUGUACUCCGCGGUCACUUGCGUCGCCAUGAUUCGAGCUCUGAAGCACUCUUUCCCUCACUAUACCGAGCGCAACGCUGUGGUUGGAACUGUGGACGCUCUGUGCAAGAUCCAUGGUCCCCGCGGACUCGGCGAUGCAGUGACCUACAACCCGGACGCGAGCCGCUGGGAGAGCAAGAACCCGCUGAUCAGCCUGGAUUCCUAUGGGCUCCCUGACGCCACAGAUGUCGGAAGGAUUUGGAAUGAGGGUCUUGCUUGGUGGGGAUGGUGGUUCUACCUCUCCAAGUUCUACGAGGUGCUCGACACGGCCAUCAUCAUUAUGAAGGGCAAGCGAAGCACGACGCUCCAGACGUACCACCAUGCAGGUGCUAUGUUGUGCAUGUGGGCCGGCAUUCGCUACAUGUCGCCUCCCAUCUGGAUGUUCGCUCUCGUGAACUCCGGUAUUCACGCUAUGAUGUAUACGUACUACACCGUCUCUGCUCUGGGCUUCCGAGUCCCGCAGAUCGUCAAGCGAUCCCUCACGAGCAUGCAGAUCACGCAGUUCGUUGUUGGAGUUGCAUUUGCGGCUUGCCAUCUCUUCGUGUCCUACACUGUACCAGUCUCAGUCGCCUAUCACGUCGCAGACAAGGUCCUAGCCAAGACGAACACCACCUCGGUUGCAUCGGCUGUAUCUUCCAUCACCGAAUCUGCGGCGCUCCCGUCCGCUUCCGGCAUCGCUAUCGCCUUCCUUAAGAAGCUCGUCUACCGCGCGGCGGGAGACGAGGGUCUAGCCGAGAACGUCGUUGAGCCUGGUGCGGCCUCACCGGUUGGGUACGCAGGAGCGGCGAUCACCAAUUCGCCGCAGCAGGUCAUCAAGAAUACCAUGAGCAGGAUCGUCUAUCGUACCGAGUACCAGCACGUCCCAUGCGUGGACACCUCCGGUCAAGCCUUCGCUAUUUAUCUUAACCUGAUCUACCUCGCUCCUCUGACCGGCCUCUUCGUCCGCUUCUUCGUCAAGUCCUACCUCCGCCGCACCUCGCACAACGCCAAACACCCAACUAACCACGCCGUCAUCGCCAAAGCCGGUCGCGACGCAAUCCACGGCGUCGACCGCGAGAUCGAGUCGCUCGGCAAGGCUGCCGAAGAUGGCUUCUCCACGGCCGUUAUGAACGGGGCCAACACUCUUCGCGGUCGAACGGCGAAGGUUGCUAAUGGGGACCACCGCGUCUCGUCCCUGUCGCCGGAGAACAAGAAGUUCAUUGAUUCGUUUAACAAGAAGGUCAAUGAACAGCUAGAGGAGAUUGGAGAGGGCGAGGAGGCGACGAAGCAGCGCGCGAAGAAGACGGCGAAGGAGGUUGUGGAUAAUGCGAGCACGCCCAAGAGUGAGAGGGCGAUGAGUCCGAAUGGAAAGGCCUAGAUGGCGUGUGCUAAGUUUCAGCAGGCCCGUUGAUUUACAGGAAGCGGAAGCGGAUCGAUGAGGACGAUGAAUAUGAAGGAGACGAUGACAACGCUGGCACGGAGAUCUCUAGCACUGCUAGCGGCCUCAGCGGAGGAUAUUCUUGAUGAGGGUGGCUUUCUUACCCUUUAUUUCUCUCUUCUUUUUCUUCUCUUCGGAACUUCGUG